AUGAUAAUUCGACUGAUAUCAUCCAUUUGUGCCGAAAGCAUUCAUCGUAAAGAAGCCAUCAUCGCCCGGCUCAGGCCGUUCGCCAUCAUCUCCAGCAUGCGCGAGCGCACGCCGUUUCCCGGUGAGCUCCUGCGGGAGCUGCCCAACCUCAGGCUCCUCCUCGCCACGGGCACGCAGUUCGAGACCUUCGACACGGCGGCAGCAAGGGCGCUGGGCAUCGCCGUGGCCGCGGCCCCGGGGCGGGGUCGCACGGACGGGCGUCGGGCGUCACAUGUCCCGCCACGCCCGAGGCUGGACAUCAGGCGCGGUGGCAGCCACCCGACCACGCAGCACGCAUGGGCACUGAUCUUGGCACUGGCGCGCAAUGUGGCGGCGGAUGACGCGGCCAUGAAGGGGCCCGGGAAAAGGUGGCAGACGGGGCUGGCGGUGGGGCUUACGGGCGCGACGCUCGGGGUCGUGGGGCUGGGGAGGCUGGGGGCAGCGGUGGCGCGGAUCGGCGCGUUGGCGUUCGGCAUGCGCGUGGUCUGCUGGAGCGAGAACCUCACGCAGGAGAAGGCGGACGCGGCGGCGGAGGAGCUGUUCAGGAGUGCAGAUGUGGUCAGUCUGCACUACGUUUUAAGCGAGCGGUCGCGCGGGACCGUGGGACGGAGAGAGCUCGAGCUAAUGAAGCGUUCGGCGCUACUUGUCAACACCUCUAGGGGCCCUCUCGUUGACCAGGAGGCUCUAUAUCAUGCACUCAGACGAGGCGGGAUCAGGGGUGCCGCGCUGGACGUCUUCGACAUUGAACCGCUACCGGAAGACAGUCCGUGGCGGUCGACAGAAUGGGGAAGUAAGCUGCUGCUGACACCACACAUGGGAUAUGUUGAGGAAGGUAUCAUGCACACGUGGUACGAAGAAACAGCCGAGAACGUAGAAAGAUGGUUACAAGGGCAAGACGUACUUCAUAGACUGAACUAA